UGUCGAACGGAGAAAGAGAAGGAGAGAGUAUUUGAACGAGACCAAAGUUUCUUUAUCAAGAAAGUCGUAUACAUCGAUAUUUUGUUGAGGAGUGAAGAGGUUCCAUGGAUGAUAAGGUUGCUAGUUGCGCCGCGCGUGCACUUCUCUUCUAGUUUUAGCUUCCCUAGUGCUCUUCCGCGAAAUAUUCCGGAUACCAAGAGACCGCUCGUCGAUCACUGUAACUGCAUGUUGUUUCGUAUCAUGGCCACCGACAAUCUCACAGCUAUUCUCUAUGGCAUCAACGACAUUAGGCUGAGGUACUCAUACAAAUGGCUUGCGUUGGAAUUUGCGGCUCCGAUGUUCAUUAUUUGGUUAAUGGAAGAAUAGGUGAUUUUGUCGUGCGAAAGCCAAUGAUAAUAGGCCACGAAUCUUCCGGUGUAGUUGUCAAACUCGGAAAGAAUGUGAAGAACUUGAAGGUCGGUGAUCGAGUGGCCAUUGAACCUGGAGUAUCCUGUAGAAUGUGUAAGUUUUGUAAAGAAGGACGUUACAAUUUGUGUAAGGACAUGGUAUUUUGCGCCACUCCUCCGGUACAUGGAAAUUUAAGACGUUUCUAUAAGCAUGCUGCGGACUUUUGUUUCAAGUUACCAGAUAAUGUGACAUUGGCUGAAGGAGCACUGUUGGAACCAUUAUCGGUCGGUGUACAUGCUUGCAAGCGCGCGAACAUCGGCAUCGAUUCGAAGGUUCUGAUUUUGGGAGCCGGACCGAUUGGUCUGUUGUCGCUGUUGGUAGCGAAAGCUAUGGGAGCCAGCAAGAUCGUUAUUACUGAUCUGUCACAAUCUCGAUUGGACCUUGCGAAGAAACUUGGCGCUGAUGCAACAUUAUUAGUGAAAAAGGAAGACACUGAGUCGAAUAUUUUAAAGAGAAUAAUCGAGCUUGUCGGAGAAGAACCUGAUAAAACGAUUGAUGCGUGCGGAGCACAGUCUAUGAUCCGAUUGGCGAUUCUCGCGACCAGAUCUGGCGGAGUGGCCGUUUUAGUAGGAAUGGGCGCACCGGAGGUUCAAGUUCCAUUAAUGAACGCACUUGUAAGAGAAGUUGACAUUAGAGGCGUAUUUCGAUACGCAAACGACUAUGCUGACGCGCUGAAUCUCUUGGCUACUGAGAAAAUUGACGUGAAGCCACUGAUAACUCAUAAUUACAAAUUAGAGGAUACAGUUCAAGCUUUCGAAACUUCCAAAUCAGGGCAGGCCGAUGUCGUUAAAGUUAUGAUACAUUGUAACUAGAAAACGGAAUUACUUUAACACUGUUUUUUAAUACUACGACAAGAUGCAACAGUUAUGAAAUGUGCAUGGAAAAUCAAAGAUCAAGCAAUAUUGCUGACACUAAUAUUAUUAAUGUUAAACAUGUAGCAUAUGUGAACAUAAACAAUCCAUUUAUGUCUUUUAUAAAGCAUUGUUAUCGGUUGCAAUCAGAUUAUUGACGAAAUAUGAAUGAAAUACAUACUGUUUGAAUUUCCAAAGUAAAUGGUAAUUAGUUCAUGCUAAUCAUCCAUAUUUAGUUUUAUUGUGUAUGUAUGUAUAUAGAUACAGUUUUUAAUUAAAUAAUGACACAUACUGAUACACAUUGGUACAUAUUAACAUAUAUUUAUACGUUUGUUGUUAUGCUAAAGCAUAUUACGUUGUAUGCAGCAGGCACGUGUACACGUGAAUAUUCUUUUUUCACCGAUGUAUUUUAACAUUUGAUAAUCAAUGUAUAUACGAUAGAAAAUUCUCAUUAUUUUAAAAUUUCAUUAUAUUAAAAUUAUAUUAAAAUUAUUGUUAUCAAAAUGUGUUUUUUAUUAAUAUUUUUUUCUAUUAUUAUUCAAAUAUCAAGUGCAAAUAUUACUGUUCAUAAAAAUUAAAAUUUGUAUGUUUAAAAUCAAUUAGGUUCAUUAGAUUUCAAUACAUCUACAUGUAGACUGCGGAUCUUUAUGCAAUUCCAAAUUUUUAUAAAAAGAAAGUCUAAAUAAAAAUUUGUCUUUUCUACCAAAUACUACUCCAUUUCUGAUAUUAUAUAAUAUUUCAAUUAAAUAGUAUUCCACUUUUAUGUAUUUUUGCAUAUUGUAUGGAUUUUUUAAUAUUUUUCUUCAUAUAAAUGCAUGGAAAUCCGCUGUUUAGUAAAUAUGAUUUUAUUGUAAAUCUUUUACAUCACAAAUAAAAAUUUUUAUAUGUCACUAAUAUAACAGAGUAAACUCUACUACUAUUAUAAGCACUAUGUAGAUAGAAAUCAAAAUAUAGUAAGUAAGAAAAGACAGAAUUUUAGUAUUUUUAUUUUAUUCAGAAAUAAUAAAUUCAUCGACUGUUUAUACUUUCACUUUAUUCAGGCAAGAUGAACUUAUGCCUUAUUUUAAUUUUUGAGUUAUAGAUAAUUGAAGAAAAUGUUCAAUGUGUUUGCCUUAUGCUUCAAUAAAAUGGUGCAUGUUUUAGCAUUGAAUUUCAUAGUUCCAUGAAAAUACCAAGUAUUUCUCGAAUAAUUUCAAAUCAAUUUUGUAUAUCGUGCACAUUAUUUGACUUAAUUGAAUGCACGACAGAUUUUAAAUUGCAUUAAAAAUAAAAAUUUAAUGGAUUGAGUUUUGCUUAAUGCAGUGUUUUUUCUCUGCAAUGUCUCGUUAUCUAAUAAAUAUUAUGAGAUAAAACUAAUGUAAUUUAAAAAAAAAAAUCAUAUUUAUUUGUUGCAAAUUAUAAAACGCUCAAGGCUUGAACAGUGAACGUAUAUCGAUGGAUAUUUUUGUAAAAUUAGAUAGAGUUUAGACUACGAUGUGCAGUAGCAUGCACUGGGGCACAAAGUGGAACAUUUUCUUUUCUAUUAUCUAUAACUCGAAAGCCAAAGUAUGUAGAAUAUAGAUUUAUAUGAUAUUUUUUACUUAUUUUAUUUUGUAGAUUUUUUAA